GUCUCUACUCACGCCUCACGUUCAUCGGUCCCGGAUUUCCGACUUUCCGACUUUCAUAAUUCGAGGCCUAGCAAGCAUGCGGUCUAGUCCGGUGACGGUGUGGCCCAACUGGGGUUAAUCGAGCGAAUACGGAAUCCAUCCCUUCACGAUCCCUGCGCAUGAUUACUUAAUGGAUAGUGAUCCCGCUCGGCGGCGGACCUCUUAUCGAAUGAUCCCAAGUGCCUUGGCAAUGAUGUUCUGGCGUUUUCUGAAAUCUUUCUAUUUCGGCCCACUGUUCUGCACCUUUAAGCUUUCCACGCCUUCCCACAUGGGGAAAGAGCGCGUGGCGAUCGCUUCCCUCUUCCUGCAUUGGCUCCGUCCCGUACAGAGAGAGAAGAGAGAUUAUAGAUUAUUUGAUUGAAUUAUUGUCACAUCAAUCCGCAGCCUGCUCAGCAAUCCAUCGACGCACGACGAAACGACCGUCCACUGGAGAGCAAUCGACAAUACACGAGGGAUGGAUGCAUCGCGCGAGCAGAGGGGGAGAGGGGGAGGGGGAGCAGCUCUCCGUCUCCCUAUCGACCAACCGACCGAGCGACCGACCUUGGGAAAGUUGUAAGUUGUAAGUUGUAAGUUGUAACUUGUAACUUGUAACUUGUACCCUGGAGCAACUGCUUCUUUCUUUUUCCAUCUUCCCUUCCCCAUCAUCCCUCCCUCCACUCACUUCACUGGCCCCUUCGAUCGUUUGGCGGACCCAAUUAUUCCAAUAUUCCCAAUCUAUUUCAAAGCCAACGAAAAAGACCCAAAAGACCCAAAAGAGAGUAGAGCUCGGGAUACCCAAUUAAUCAAUCUAUGCAGUCCAAUCCCAUCCCAUCGUUGUAUGUCCGCAAGAUCCGCCCGCCUUGCUUGCUUGCAGAUUUGGGUGAAAUCAUCCUUUGUCUUAUUAGUCGUUAUCUCGUUGUAGGAACGGCUUAACCAUGGUACAGUGACAUUUAUUACUCCAUCCAUGAUUUUCUUUACGUCCCCAUACCUUUUUCCCUAGAUGCACGAAGAACAGGAAGAGGAAGAGGAAGAGGAAGAAAGCUGCUUUUUUCCCCCAAUGGCGUGGUAUUAUUCGGCAGACUGGGUACUUCAUGCAAUUUAUGCAUAAUAGAAUUCCAUCGAGUCGCUAGAAAGAACGAUCGACCUCGCCCUCUCUCUUAAUUGCUUUCUCACAUUCAUACAUACAUACGUUCGUACAUAUACUGCACACUAUAUACCACACCCAUCCAUACACCCAUCCAUACAUCCAUACACCCAUACGUUGUCAUACCUCCCAAGCCCUCGAUAGCUGCAUCUUUUGCGCUGCCAAGCGGACUAUUUCUUGUCAAUUGCUACGACCUUGCCUUAUCCUUUUCCUAUUGACUCUGCUUGUUCAGCCCAGUUUUUCCUUAUAUCCGAGAGCGUCAACGUCAAGACUACGCAAUAAAGAAUAAGAGGGGUCGAUUGCCCGAGCACUACCUUCCUUACCAAUACCUCAUUCGGCCAGUCCGAUUUGUGAUUCCAUGAAUCGUAGCAGAAUAAUAGAAGUCUGCCAUUGAUUCAUCCUUUUCUUUCUCUCAUUGAGAUCGCGACUCCAGAAGUCCUUUUUUUGGUUCAAUCUUCAUUCUUUUAAUCAUCAAAGAUGUCAGGCACAUCAGGCACAUCAACCGACAAACAGCCGCAAUCGCAACCAGGUCAAGCUCAAUCAAGUCAAGAAACUCCUCUCAGUCCGAAUCAAUCAUCUCCCGACCUGGAGCCAGCAGAAGAUUUGCAUGCGCCUUCAUCGCAGCCACGCCCUGCGCCCUUGCAAAAGAGGAGACGAGUUACGAGGGCGUGUGAUGAAUGUAGGAGGAAGAAAAUAAAGUGUGAUGGAAAGCAACCUUGUACUCAUUGCACUGUAUAUAGUUAUGAUUGUACAUAUGAUCAGCCCUCAAAUAGAAGAAGGAACCCGGCGCCGCAGUAUGUCGAAUCGUUGGAGCUUCGUCUACAGCGAGCAGAAAGCAUUAUAAAAGCCUAUCUUCCAAACAUAAAUCUAAACGAUCCAAACAUAGAUGCGGCAUCAUUACUGCACCGACAAGUUGCGCCGACGACCCCGUCGACCACGAGCUCCCUGCCAAGCGGGACCCCUCAACAGCCACAGCUAUCAGAACAGGAUGCGCAGUUACGAUCCAUGAUAGAAUCCACAGGGCAACUCGAUCUUGACGAACGUGGAAACUGGGACUUUCAUGGUGGUUCAUCGGGAACUGUCUUUAUUAGACGUCUACGUGAACAAUUUGGUAGUUUACUUGGAUCUCCCAACUUGCUUCCCAAACCACCAAGUGCGCAAAUGCCACCCACUUUCGAUUCCCCAAGAUCAUCUACUGAUUCUCCUUAUGAUUUUGGUCUUCCCAACACAAUGGAUCUGCCUCCCCGAGAAGUAGCCAUGUCUUUAUGUGAAGAUGCAUUGCAUUGCGCUUGUUGCCUCUUACGUUUCGUUCAUGAACCCAGUUUUUAUGAAAUGUUUAAUAGGAUAUACGAUCUACCACCUGAAAGUUUUGGUGAUGAAGAGCAUAAAUUUCUGCCGUUAUUGUAUAUGGCUUUAGCUUUGGGCUGUAUGUUUUCGUCACAGCCCCCCAACUCCACGGACCCGGAUGGGAAGAAGUAUAAAAGUAGUAUGGAUCAAGGAUUCAAAUUUUACAAAGCUGCUCGACAAAUGAUGGAUCUGACUGAUUGUCGCGACAUGACAUCUUUGCAAACGAUUAUAUUCAUGAUCAUGUUCUUACAAGCAACAUCAAACUUGAGCAUAUGUUAUUCUUACAUAGGUCUUGCCUUGAGAUCUUCAUUACGCAUCGGCUUACACCGUAGCCUCAGCGGCAAUUUCAAUCCUAUUGAGCGAGAAACUAGAAAGCGAGUAUUCUGGUUAAUACGAAAGCUUGAUACCUAUGUUUCUGCUAUUCUAGGAUUUCCAAUAAUGUUAAGUAGCGACGACAUUGACCAAGAUAUGCCACUUGAGGUAGAUGAUGAGUACAUAACUAAGGAUGCGAUACUUCCUAUGCCUCCUGGCAAGAUGUCAUUGUUAGUGGCUUCAAAUGCUCAUACUCGACUCAUGGGUAUCACUUCGAAGGUUGUCAAACACAUCUAUCCAAUAAAGGGCUUGGAGCAAUCUAUUUCAGGGAAUAGCAAGGCAUCAUAUACCAUUAGUCACUCAAAAAUCCGAGAGAUUGAAAAGGAUCUAGCAGAUUGGCUGGACAUGCUACCCAUGGGACUACGUCCUGGAGGUGAAGGUACACCCGAAUUAAUACGUAUACAACAACUAUUACGACUAGCAUACGCGCAUGUUCAAAUGAUGUUAUAUCGACCCUUUCUUCAUUAUGUCUCUGGAAAAGGUUGUGCUGGAAAAACCAUUGAUGAGCGAUCAUAUGCAUGUGCAGCAGCUUGUGUCAGUGUAGCCCGCAAUAUCAUUCAUAUUACUGCAGGGAUGAAGAAGCAGGGUCUAUUGGUAGGGGCGUAUUGGUUUACCAUGUACACAACCUUCUUCUCUGUCAUAUCCUUGGUAUACUACGUUCUUGAGAAUCCCGAUAAGAGCGGAGCCGCAGAAAUUUUGGCAGACGCAAACGAUGGAAAGGAUGCUCUAAUUGGUCUUGCCCAAAGAAGUAUGGCCGCUGAUAGAUGUUCUGAAACUCUCAAGCCACUGUUUGAACAACUACCAGAGAAGUUGAAAAAUCGUUCCGUUUCGGCUCCGUCAAAGAAGAAAAGAUCAGCACCAUCAUCUACCCAACCAACGCACCAUAGUAGUCCCGAGAUUCCAAGACCAAGUUCAAGUCACUUCACCCCGUUACCUCGCGCGACGACAUUCCCCCAAACCCCCACCUCUCUCCACGCCAGCGGUCUUCCAAUGCAAAAUUUAAACAACCGCUUCCACAUAAACACAGCAUCCAAUCCAAAUCUUCGACAAGGGUUUCAAGAUCUUGUAUCACCGAGUGAUUUGUCUACUGCUGGCACUCCUGAAAGCACAGCUUCGACUACUCAUAGCAUUCCACAAUAUGGUGUACAAAAUCAAUUCAAUGCUAACAACAGUAUACCAUAUCUCACAGGACUGAUGUUCCCAUCUACAGAUCCUUUUGCGUAUCCAAAUCAGCCGAUGAUGGAAUUCGAUGCGCAAGUUAUGAAGCAGGAAAAUGAUGUAGAUGAUACAAGAACCCAGCAAAUGUAUAUGGGUGGUGGUGGCGGAGCAGGGACUGGAAAUGGAAUGUUUGAUGAUUUGGAGGGACAAAUUUUCGGCCCGUUACCUCCGUAUAUGAUGCAGGCUCAGCACGGUUUCGACAUGUCUGGGGCGGGAUCUGGGGGUGGAAACGUAGGAGUUGGUGGAGGGAGCAUGGGUGGGAUGAUGCACGGGACAAACGCGAAUACGAACACGAGUGGAGCCGGGGGUACGGGAUUUAAUCCUCAGAAUUUGGUGUAUAACACUGGCAUGAAUUUGGACGGAAUCUUCGAUAAUGUUGGGGGCGAUACGCGGGGAGCAGGGAGUGGGUGGAGUGGAAUGGGAGGUCAAGGGUUUAGGUAAAAAGGGGGUUUGGAUGAAAUUCGUCGGAUAAGGACAUUGUUACAUUUUACCAAGUUGAUGGAAAUCAACAGACUGCUUCAUCUUCAGCGAAGAGUUUCAGUAUUGCACGGCAUGGAUCGGCAUGGACGAAUGAAACGCGGCAUGGGACUAUGUGGAGGUCAACUUUUCUUUGAGAGAAAAGGAUGAGAAAGAGCAAGAGAUCACGAGAUGAUUCAAGACUUCUUAUUUCCUCCGUCGCAUGUUCGAAAUAUAUCAAGUGAUAUAUGUAUGAACCAGGAUGGUUUCAAAAAUCUGAAUUGGUAAUGUGUAAAUGAUGUAUUGUAUUAUACCUCGGGCGUCUGAUUUUGACAGUGGUCGGAGGUAGGGUAGGAUAGGGUAGGAGGGGGGGAGGGGUAAACAUAUAGGAUGGAAUGGAAUGGGAUGGGAUCAGCGUUAUGGUUAUGGUUAUGUUAUGCACAUGUUAAUGGAUAGAUGUAUUAGGGUUGUGCACAGCGCAAUAUGGAGUUUGAGUUUGACUGACUUUGUUAGGUGGGAAUGAAAUGGAAAGGAAAGGAAAGGAGUGGAUAGAAUAGAAAUUCAUGGAAUGAAAAUUAAACGUAUUUUCUUCCUUCUCUCUUCUUUCUCCCCUAUCUGAUUCUCAAACUCAAAAUUCAAACUCAAAAUCCAAUUCCAACUUGAGAUUGAGAUUAAAUUUUCUUUUGUAUACUCUAGUAUCUAUCUAUCUAUCUUACCUACAUACCUACCCUCCACA